CGCGAACGUGCCCGCGGGGGAUGUGACUCACUCGUACGAACAUGUAAAGCGGCGCGGCGGUUCCAGGCGGACACAGUUGAGGUUCGACUACCGCUGCGUGAACAUCGUGUGCCGGCGCUUGCUUGGCCCUUGUCAGCCUCGCAAAAUCCCUGCAGCACCGAGACGAGAGACGAGAUAGAUUGUCUCCGGAACCUCCGUUGAAGCCCCGAGGAAUCGUGCGAGCGUCGUGAACAUGACCUGCUGUACCCUGCGGUGUGUCAUCAAGUGCGGCAUCUUCCUGGCCGCCUUGGACAUCAUCCACGCCGUCACGAGUUUUGGUUUCUAUGGCUACCAGUACAUUAUCGAGAUGUGGUACUUGUGCCCGAUCGACCUCGCGGUGGAGAAAUGCCACAAUAAGAUCUAUAUCUUCGAGCAGAUGUUCGAGAUGCGAUGUUACAUCGGCGUCGGGGAGGGCAUCGCGGGCAUCUUCUGCUGCGCCAUCUAUAUCCUCGCGUUAGUCAAGCGCAAGCCCUCCCUCACCUGGCUGUGGCUCAUCAAGUCCUUCGCUGUCAUCGGCGUCAACAUCUACUACCUGAGCAACUGGGUCAUCAGACAGGGCCGCUACGACCACCUGGAGUGGGAGAAGCAGACGUACGAGGACGAGUUCAUCUGGGCAGCCGAAGGCCUCACCCUCGCGCAGAUUCUCAUCAUGCUGUUCUACUGCCUCAUCGGCGGCCUCUUCACCUACAAGGUGGUGGAGGAGAAGCGCGCCAGCCGGAGGAGCCUCCGGUCGCGCCGCAAGUGGAACUCGCACGACGCGACGGCGCCCCCGAUGGGCUACGACGACGAGGAGGCGCAGUACCUGAACCAGGCCCUGACCAACAGCGAGAAGACCCUGCCCGUGCGCGCCUCCAAGCAGAGCCUGGCCGCCGCCUCGCAGCACAGCAUGACGGAGCUGGACCGCCCCGACUCCUACAAGCACUCGACGGGGGUCUAGAGGCGCCAGCGGGCCUGAGGGCGGACGAGCCUUUUUUAUUAUAUUUUGAUACUUGUUCUCCCCGGAUCUCUCCCUUACUUUCUUGCGUCGAGAGCUCGUUGAUUUUUCCAAUCCUUAAGGGAGGACUCUCCUGGUUUCCGCUCGUCGCCAGCUAGCUGAUAUUUGAAUCAAAUGUUUGAUCUAGUCGGCGGAAAUAUUUUUUUCUUUUUUUAUGUGUGAGUCAUGGCUAUUCUUUCCCUUGCAUGCUUCGUGGCUUCUGACAUCUGACUUAGGCUUCUUUGUUUCGUUCUCUUUUCAUUUUAUUUUAGCUCACGUUUUGGAAAAUAAGAAGGAAAGGAGAGAAGAGAAAAAAUGGUUGAUCUUUGAAAACGGAUCUCCUAGUCUUGAGGCGAACGUAUGCUCUUGUCAGAUUUAGAAAUAAGAAUAUUUCGAAAGCGGAAGCGAACGACAAAUGGCCGACUUUUCGUGCCGGGAAAUAAAUCUCAGUCAUGGCUUCUCAUUUUACUGAAGGAGUUUUCUUUUAAAAAGUUUAUUGAUUUCCAAAAAGUGUUGACACACAACUGUAGAUUUAAGUGAUGCGUCAUUAGGAAGUUGACGCAGACGCACUUAUCCGCUCCGAAGGAUAAUCAUCUGAAAAUGAUGUAAAAAGGUACAUUUUCAUAUUUCCCAGCGUGGUUAUUUGGUUCCUCUGUUUUAUUAUUACUUUACUACUAUUACUGUUAUAAUUUUCUAUCAUUGUCAUUAUUAUUAUUAUUAUUAUUAUUAUUAUUAUUGUUAUUAUUAUUAUUAUUAUUAUUAUUAUUGUCAUCAUUACUAUUAUUAUUUCUACCACUAUAUUUUUCGCAAAAGGUGUGACCUUCGCUAGGAGUGCCAAAGACAGAGUGGCUCGCAAGGUGCAGCCAAGGAGUAAAAAUAACUGCUAAUUUUUUGAGGGGUCGGUGCUGCCAUCUAUUGGGCAGCAAGACAAGUGUGAUGUCAUGUGUAUUGUAUGUUUAGUGCUGGUAUUUAUACUUGAUUGCUUAAAGAAUUCUGCAAAUGACUGCAUUACUUCUGUUGCAUCGUUUGAAGCAGGUUCAAUCUGCCAAAAUGAAACUGUUUAAGAGAAACCGUCACUUUGAAGACGAAAAAAAAAAUAAUUGUGAACUGUUUUGAUGAUAAGAUUUGCGGUGUACAGACUCUAGCUCGUUAUGUAUAUAUGAUGCUCUUCAGCAGUUAAGGUUAUAAUCAUCCAUUAAUUCACGUGAUCAUCGACCUUCCCGUCCCAUGCCAUCCCCGCGCGCGCGACUCUGCCUGCUCGGGUCCUCUGUAUCAUCUCUACAUUAUUUUCAAUAAAAUGUAGAAAAUUG